AUGUACCAGGAAGUAUCCCCAGCUUCAUCCAGUUCUGGGAAUUUCAACCAAUUCACACCAGAUUCAGCCACCAGUCCGCAUUCAUCGUCCUCAUCCCCACAGCCUACAGCUAAGUCUCAGAAGGGCAGAGAAUAUGGCGUGGAGGGGAUGAGGAAGACCAAGAGCCGUACAGCUUUCUCCAAGGAGCAGCUGCAAACCCUGCACCAGCGCUUCCAGAACCAGAAGUACCUCAGCCCCCAGCAGAUCCGGGAGCUGGCUGUUGCCCUGGGGCUCACGUACAAGCAGGUGAAGACUUGGUUCCAGAACCGGAGAAUGAAGCUGAAAAGGUGCCAGAAGCACAGCCUGUGGACCGAACGGGCUCAGUGCCUCACACAGAGUGGCUACCAGACUGGUACUUACCUGGAUGUGCACCCCAAAUUCCACCAGGGCUACCCCAUCACCGCAGCUGGCAACAUCCAAACCAUGCCUGCCCCCUGUCAGCACUAUGGAGCAGGGCAGAAUGCUUACACAAUCGUGACCAGCGAGGAUGGAGGAGUCUUUGGCAAAGGCGGGGGCACCUGCAGCGUCCAGCAGACGGUGGGCUUCAUUGCCCAGCACAAAGUAGACUUUUACCACAGCUAUCCUGGCAGUGUGGAAUAUCCAGGCUCAAAGACUGGUGAUAGCUGUAAUUUUCACCACUCAGCCACUAUGGGGGCUCCUUUCCCAACCACUGCCGGCCAUCAUCUUUAUCAUUCCUAAGCACUGUGGAUGUGGGGUACUUGGGCAGCCAGGAAUCAAAUCUUACUCUCAUCUCUCCCUCUGUUAUUUGUGUGCUGUCCACCUCAGGGACACCUUGUAGCUAGAACCAGUUUUGGCAUCCAGAUGUGUGCCUGCAGACACGCAGCCGUGCAGAGACCCGCUUGCCCAGGUACAUGUGCACAGAGCCCUUCAUUUCUGUGCCUGUACACGUGUGCACACACACACAUUCCUUCCUUGAUUGUCACAGACCAACCAAGCUCCCUUACAGCAAAGCCCAGGAUCUGGCUACCCAGCUUAUGCCCUGGAUCUUCUUAAUUAUGGAUCUUGAAACUUGGCUAAGGGGAAGCACAGAUUCCUUUGGGGAUCUCAUUUCUGCGUAUCACUGUACACUUGUGUGUACACAACACGUGAAGACAGGGGCUGUAUGGAGCUGUGCUGGCCUUGUACCUUUAACUGAAGCUGGAGAAGUUAUUGCCACCUGCCAGUUACCCAUCUGAAGUGUAAACCAUCAGUGUAUCAAGCUAUGAGGUGAAGUGAUGAAGUGCCUAAUGAAGGGAAAUGUGACAAGUAGCUUGCAGAAAGGCUGGUAAGAUGAUCUUAUAAGCCCUUCCUUCUAGUCUGUAUCUUGCUGUGCCUCCCCUUGAGAAAAUCUAACUGCAUUCAAUUUGGCAAAUAAAAAAGAGUAUUUUUUAA